CCCCCGCCGCCGGUUCUCCCGUCACCGCCGCGCCGCCGCCGCCGCCGCUGCUUCCGGUAUACUCAUUUCUGUUCGAUGGCUUCUGCGAAGGUGGAGAACCGAGGCGGCGCGUUCGGAUCGAAGAGGUCGCGCAACGACGUGUCUGUAAGGGAGGGGGACUGGACUUGUCCUCAGUGUGGUAAUGUCAACUUCAGUUUUAGAAAUGUAUGCAACCGCGGAGCCUGUGGUGCACCCCGUCCAUCACCGAGUCUAAGCCCAAGAGUGCCACCUCCUGCUGCUGGUGGAUAUGAUCGACCACAUCUGUUUUACGGUGGUGCUGGCACCCCACCCCCUAUACCUCUUGGGUCUGGUAGCUAUGGUGCCCCUUAUCCACAUCUUGGAUUGCGGUAUGGAUAUGGUCCACCGGUAGGACCUCCUGCUUCAUAUGGCCUUUUUUCUUCUUAUGCACAACCUGGACCGAUGGGCAGUCCGAUGGGAGGUAUUGGCUAUGGCCCUGGACCUGAGCUAGGCCGAUAUGGCUAUGGUUUUCGAGGAUCUCCAAUGCCGGUUUCUAGCCCAUGGUCUGGUGGACAAUUAGUGGAAAAUAAUGACAACACUGCUUCACGGAAGCGUCGUGGAGGCCCAGAUGGACUGUCUGAGGAUGACUGGGUCUGCCCGAAGUGUGAUAAUGUCAACUUUUCCUUCAGAAACAGUUGCAACAUGAAGAAAUGUGGAGCUCCAAGGCCAAGCCCUGCAUCUAAUGCUGCUCCAUCUCGCCAAGAAAAGGACGCUCCGGAAGGGAGCUGGACCUGCCCCGACUGCAACAACCUGAACUACCCUUUCCGCACGGCGUGCAAUCGGAAAGGCUGCGGAAGCAGCAGGCCGGCAGCCCCGGCAAACUAGGGCUCGCCGGCGAACAAGGACCGGUGGCCCCGGCGAAGUGGACCUACCUUGCGCCCACGAUGGGGUAGCGAGAGAGACCUUGUUGUAUCCCUAGCUUAUACAAGUUAAUUUAACGUGUAAACGGCAGACAUGUUCCCUUGCGGCCUGAGAUUCGUUGUGCUUGAUUUUAAUUUCGCCUUCUGAAUUUCCUCUACGAUUAAUAGAGCUUUUAAACUUUGGACUAACGUGUUCUUGCUCCCCUGGAAACCCGUGGGAUUCGUGUGUAUUUUUCCGAGUCUUAUGUCAGACUCAACUGCACAAAAUUUUCGUAUCUAGCUGAUCUUUGGGGUCGCUAAUUGUGCUCUAAAAACCUGUCUGAACAAUGAUGG